UAAUAAGAGAGAUAGAGAGAGAAAUAUUGUUGGGUAUUCUUCCUUUUUUUCCCCAGAUGCACUUUCAAUGGGGAAAAAUGAGGACCAAAAUCUGCAGCAACAAAGAGAGCAAGGUCUUGAAUCAGGGAACAAUGAAGGGCAUUCGGGAUUCUUGUGUGGGAUAUGUUGGUUGGUCUUGUCGAGGCUUUCUAAUGAGUUUAGUUUCAGAUGUGUUAUUGUCUUGUUCCUCAGCUUGUCGGUUUUAUUGCUUGGGAUCUUCUGGAUCCUUCCUAUACGAUCAGUGAAAUCUGGGUUUGAUGCUAAGCAAACUAUUAAGCUCAGUGCUCCGAUUCAUGCAUGUUUUACACUUCAGAAACCAGUUUCGGAGCUUGUUCAGCAUAUUGAAAAGUUAGAGUUUGAUAUCUAUGAAGAAAUUGCUGUUCCAUAUACCAAGGUGGCUAUCCUAUCCAUGCAUCAGUCGGGUGUUAACUCUACUAAUGUGGUAUUUGGUGUUUUAUCCGAUCCUAUAAAGAGUCCAAUGAAUCCAGUAGCCCUUAGUGUGCUGAGAUCGUCUUUGAUUGAGCUGUUCCUUCGGCAAUCCAAUCUGACUUUGACGACUUCAAUUUUUGGGCAUCCUUCUGAUUUUGAGAUUUUGAAGUUUCAUGGGGGCAUCACUGUAAUCCCUGUACAAUCUGCUUCCAUCUUUCAGAUAACCCAGUUUCUGUUUAAUUUUACUUUGUAUAACUAUAUAUCUGAAAUAGAGGACAAAUGCGUUGAGUUGAAGGAUCAGCUUAAGUAUGGGCUACGCCUGAGGUCUUAUGAGAACUUGUUUGUGCAAUUAACAAACCAAAAUGGCUCCACUAUGUCGUCACCAGUCAUAGUGCAGGCUUCAGUGAUGUCUGAUAAUUAUGGUAACCUUCUGCCUCAGAGAUUAAAGCAGUUGGCUCAAAUCAUCACGCACUCUCCUGCAAAGAAUCUUGGUCUCAAUAACUCGGUCUUUGGUAAAGUUAAAAGCAUUAGCUUAUCAUCUUGUUUGAAGGGUACACUUCAUGCUACCCCUCCCACUCCUUCACCGGCUUUGGCUCCUGGGCCAUCGGUUUCAUCGCAUCCCAAGUCUGUACCAACACAUGCGCCAGCAUUGUCACCCAAGAUUCAUCAUUUUGCACCCUGUCCUAAUUGCAAUGCUGUUUCUCCAUCUGCUAGUAGUCCCCUGCAUUCCCCGGGUCCUAGAACCGUCCCAUCUCUUCCACCUUCAAUUUCUCCUGCAUCUUCUAGUGUAACAACUCCCGCCCCUCCCCCUUGUCCAUAUUCUCGUCCUGUAGUUCCAUCAAGCCCUCCAUUAAGAUCUCAUUCCAACCUAAUUCCUAAGCACCCAUCAGUAGUUAGUCCCCGGUCACAGUUGCCCCCAAGUCUACCACCAUUAGCUUCAGUGUCUUGUGGAUCCCGUCCCAGCCAAAGUCUGGAGCGUACAAAAGGCCCAGUUUCUGCACCUCUUGCUAAGUCUCCAUCUGCACAAUCUCUGUCAUGUAAGCAUCUAUGCUAA